GCCCCCUGUGCGACGACUUGGCUCAUUACCUUGGCUCCGUUAUUAUUCAGCCAAAGUACCGCCUUAUUAAGCUACCAAAUCUCCUUCCAGGGCGAGUCAUUGACCCGCCUCACCCUUGCAGUCAACUGCCAGUGGCUGAAAUAUUUCUGGAGUCUGCAGAGGGGGAACCGACGGGGGAGGGACAGACAGGCAGGCACAUUGUACGGACUAGAGGAAGAGAAUAAAAAAAAACGUGAAACUAGCUCCAUCCCGCGUGCCUUGCGUCAAGUUGAUACGUCAAUUCUUGGGUCGUUAACGGCACUCGCUGGUCCACCCUACAAGAUCUGA